AUGUGGCCCUGCCUGCUGCUCGCCCUGGCCCUGCUGGGCACUGUGCCCACCAGCCACUCCACCCCCCGCCAGCCCCAGGAGGUGCCCGCGGCCGAGGCCACCCCGCAGCCCCACUACGCGGUGGUGAAGCAGCUGCGCACCUACUCGCGUGCCCAGGUGAGGGGACAGGUGCGGUUGGGUGCCCGGUGCCAGGCUGUUCCCGUCCCGCAGAGGUACUGCCGGGAUGUGUACCGGGGCCAUCUGGCCUCCGUGCACAGCGCCUCCCGCAACCAGGAGCUGCAGAAACUGGCCCGCACCUACACCUGCCUCGCCGUCUGGAUCGGGGCCGUCACCAGCCGCAAGGACGGGAAGUGGGCGUCAUGCUGGGAGGACUCCAGCCCCUGGAACUAUGCCAACUGGGGACCCACCUUUCCCCACCAUAUUGUCACCACCUGCACCACCCUCAGCACCCGAGACGGGCUCUGGCGCAGCCGCCCCUGCUUCCAGCUGCGCCCCUUCAUCUGCCAGUACUGAUCUCCCAGUGCUGCCACGGUCCCCCAGUUCCCUUCCCAGUAAAGCAGAGGUGCUCUGA